UAUCUGCAGGUGUGCCGGCGGACUUUUGUGAUAAUUGGGAGCAUUCUUGUAAGCUGGCGAAUAUCAUGGAGCAGACAGAAAAGAGGUGUCUCUAUUCCAGAUGCUGCACACGACAGAGGAGAAAUCAAUAAGAUAGUGACUGGUUAUUGACCGAGUUUUCGGAUCCGGCCUUGCAGAUGUAGUGGUGUGGACGGUCCACGUUUAGCGAGAGUGAAGAGCAGAGAGCGCAUCGAUAUCGCUUCCCAUUAUUUGCCUCCUGUACGAGUCUGUUCGAGGUUUGGGAAGUUCCGAGUUCUGUUGAGAAUUACGUUCUACUGGUUCCAGUUCUGGACGUGCGCGUCCCAGAAGUCCGCGGAAGUUCCAAGGGAUUAAUCCUGCCGGUCGAUGUGUCCGACCGAGAGUGCUCCGUGUAGCGCCGUGUAGGUGAAAAACAGGCGACUUUCGAGGAAGCUGAGGUGUUUGUUGCCAAAAUGGCAAACGUCGUUGAUGGAAGGCCAUCCAACGACGGAACUCUGUUUCACAUUAACCUGGACGGAUCUAGUGGUUUGGCCGAAAGUGAGUAUGCGAUCCGGUUCGGUUGUUGCCGCCUGUGCUGCAACGACGAAAGCAAUCUCCGCGAGCUGUUUCCAGCGGGAUACAGGGAUGAAGUUCUUCUACGCAAAAUUGUGGCUUGCACCACAGUCCAGAUAGAAUACUCCGAUGAUGAAGAUGCGUUGAUUUGCUUCGCAUGUGUCUCAAAAAUCGAAGAAUUCUAUCAGUAUCGGGAACAGUGCCGUACCAACGAUGUACUGCAGCGGAACUGGAAACGGCGCCUUGCGCGUAGCAUUGAGCCUGCUCAAUCGACGCUCAUACCCGUGGAUAGUAUCAAGCAGGAAAAGACUACCGAAUUGGAUAGCUUCUACGAUAGCGCCGUACAAUACGAAGACCAUGAGCUGGACGAUGCAACCGAAUUCCAGUCCUCUAGUGGUUUACGUGUGCUGGAUUCAUCUGAACCCCAUGCGACUACAUCGUACCAGCUCUCCAACAACGCCAGACCAUUGCAUAACCUGCUCGAGCCAAUGGAUGAUCCCGCAGACGAAUUCUUCGAUUACAAGGGUAGCGAUGAGAACUACGAAGGCAGCGAUGACGGAACGUACAGUCAAGUUCACGUGAAGCAAGAACUAGAUCUAGAGGAUGACAUUGAUAAGCGAUUGUACGUUACGAGUGACGACGAAAUGCAGCAUGAUCCGGACGACCAUACGACGACGAUGGCUCCAGAGAAAAAUGCGCGGGAUACGCUACAGAAACAUCGGUUGUUGAAGAGCAAAAGUGGUAAACAGUACAUGUUUUGCGAAGGCUUUCUGUUCUCGCAACGGGCACCAGCGGCAGCAACAGGAGCAGGAGCAGUGCACAAUGGUCAGGUAUGGCACUGCCUCGGGCUUGAUUGUGAGUCGAUGCUUGAGCAGAACAACCAGACUGGAAUGGUAGCGGUCCGACGACAGCACAACCACCACAAUCCAGUUACUAAGAACGCUACGGUUCGUACCAUUUUACGUUAUCUGAGCGGAUUCGAAGCAACGAUUCGUUUGAACAAGAGCAGGACAUCCCAGAUAACCGGAGGCCAGGGAACUGAUCCGGGGGUCGCUUCGUCAACCAAUGAGUACCGGUUCGUAGUCAACAUGCGAAACGGAACGUCGAUCGUACAUAAUGGUUUCCAGUACAGUAUGAAGCACCGGCGAAUGGAUGGUACGACGUACUGGAAGUGUCGCGUAAAUGGUGGUACCUGUGAAGCCGGCAUUUUCCUUACUCCCUCGAAGACGAUCGAAACGAUCGGAAGACACAAUCACGAUGGACAAUACGGUAGCAUGAACCCAAGACGACGGAACAGAAGUCGGACCGAGCAGCGUAACGACGACGACGAGGAUGAAGCAGACGAGGAAGAUGGGUAUGAUGAAGUGGAAGAAGAUGCGCGGGAUGCUAGUGGGCAGCAUGAGCUGGCGGAUCAAUCCGAGGAUAUCGAUUUGAGCGCGUACUUGAGUAGUCACAUGAAUGCCGAUUUGGAACAACAGGAACAGACGAUCCCAGUAGAAAUACCAUCUGGUGACGAAGCGAAACCGGCCGGUAAAUCCAGCAAACCGACCGGUGUCGCGGGCUCAUUAAGGCGGGGCUACAAUUUCCAAAUCGUGCGCAAUGUAAACCAAAAGUUGCGGCUUCUGUUCGACGGAUGUCUGUACGAGAAGGAAAAUCAGCGAGAGGAUGGUGCGAUUAUUUGGCGCUGUCGGCGCAACUACGACCGCUGCAAUGCGCAGGCGAUCCAGCAUCAGCAUGGGCUGGUGGAGAUCCUCGGGACCCACGAGCAUGAUCAGGUGCGCCAGAAGCGCGUCAAUCUGCUAUCUACGACGGGUUCGUUUGCUUACCGGCUCCUCCGAACUGCAAACGGUAGGGAACAGCUCGUUUACGAUGGAUUCCGGUACCAACGCCGAUGUGUGAACGGCAAGAUGACGGAUCGGUGGCGAUGCGUAAACUCCGGUACCGACUGCCGUGCUAUGGUCGUUAUGGCAGCGGACGGAUUGGUGUACACACUGCAGUCGCAAACUCACUGUCACGGCCCAACGGAGAAGAAAUCGCAGCGCCCCGAAACAAAGGAGAGCGAAAUCGCCGUCAUAAAACAGCCGCUGGUUUCAAUACGGCCACUGAACAUUCUCAAGGCAACCGACCGGUUGCGUACCAAAACGCCUUCGCCCAAAAAUCUCGCAGGGCACGUGACGCGCAUCAUACCGGCGAUGGCUCGCCGGUACGGUUACCGAUUGAUCAAGAACAAGAAGGGCAACGAAGGGCUCGUACACCGUGGCUACCGGUACUGCAAGCGAUUGGUUCGACCGGAUGGCACCAUCAAGUGGUACUGUCGUAUGAACUCUAAAACCUGCAACGCCAGGCUAACGAUGGCACCGAAUGGCAGUCUCGUUUUCGACGGUACCAUACACCAUAACCACAGCCCAACGGAGGAGAUCUCAAAGGAGCCAACGGCAAAAGUAGUGAAAAACGGUCAACGGCGACGCGUGUACACGCUGGACGAGAAAACGUUCACCGAGAGCGAGUGGUACUUUGUGAAGAAUACGAAGAAUGGCGAGAGUCUGGUGCACGCUGGCUACCGCUACACGCGGAAGGGAGACCGGGUGGACAAAUCGUCGUUCUGGCGGUGCUCCCAGCGAACGCAGGGCUGCUGGGCGGGCAUUAUACUGUUUCCCGAUGAAACCAUUGCCAAGGCGAGCGGGCACGAGCACUGCCAUCCACCAACCGAGCAGAAUCCACAGCAUAGUGGGGCAGCGGCGACGAGCCCAUGCACAACGAAUGAUGACGCUGGAAGCGAUCUGUCCGACCAAGACGAUAAACCAAAGCUGAGUGACGCAACGGAGCAUCGAACCAUCAUCCCGAAGGCGGAAGCCGCCUACCGGGUCGUAAAGAAUCGGCUCAACACGAACAGCAUCCUGUUCCGUGGGGGACGCUUCGUACACAGAGGCCAACGGAGCGACGGUAGCGUGGCAUGGAUUUGCAACAUGAACAAAACCCAAUGCCGCGCGGCCUUCAAAAUUCACACCAACGGGGGGCUGGAAAUUGUCAACGAGCAUCACAAUCACCCUCUCGCACCGGAGGAAGAUGCCGUUAGUCAAGAGGAAGAGGAAAAGGAAGAUAAAGAGGACGAGAAGAAACCAUCCGGCGGUACGGAAGAGGAUCAAACCGACGACCAAGAGUACUACUACAGCAUCAAUCGUAUCAACCGCGAAUGUCUCGUGUACGAUCACUGCCGUUAUGGAAAGUCGGGCACCCGAGCGGACGGUAGCGUGAUGUGGCGCUGCGGCAUGAACGGUAACACGUGCCUGGCCCGUGUGUGUGUCGAUGUGAAUGGGAAACUGACGCACUACAGUGAGUACACGCACAAUCAUCGUCCCCUCGAAGAACUGCCACCGGUGGUACGCUUGCCUGACCAGGCAACAGACAGCGGUCCCGUCUCCUCCACGACCACACUGACACCGAAAACGGUCAACACGAAGCCGGUGAUCAAGGGGAGCAUUCUUAGCUGGAACCAUCAUCGGUACCGGAAGAUGCCGACUGUGCAAGCGGACGGUUCGUCGGUGUGGGCUUGCACCACGUCCGAUUACUGUUCGGCGAAGGUCAAGACAGUCACGCAGGAGGGUGGAAAGAUGAAGGUGCAGAGCAUGUAUAGUCACAAUCAUGAUCCUCCUGACCAGCAGCAGCAGCAGCAGCAACAGCAGCGCGAAUGUGACGAACUGUUCGAGCUAUACCGUACGCCCCGAGGACGGCUCGCGCUGCUGUACGAGGGCUAUCGGUACAGCCUGCAGACGGAGCGCAUGGAUGGGCAAAGCACGUGGCGCUGCUACGCCAAAAAACAUUGCCGUGCAGCCGUCGUCGUGUCGGUUGAUGGCGCGAGCGUAACCCGGACCAAGGAUGAGCACAUUCACAGUAAGAAUGCGGAUGGCGUUGCUGGGGUGAGACUGACGCUCGGUCGAAAGCCUGGCACCUUCCAGGAGCUGGUAAAACGAUUUUUUACCCAUCGCAUCAUACCGUCCGUCGAGUCGGUUGAGGAGGAGCGGACACCGGUGACACCGUCGCCGGUAUCGACGCAAUUGACAACCAAUCAACCUGCAUCGUCGUCGUCAUCCCGCAAACCGCUAACUUACACCGAUUGCGGGGAGUAUGGCUUUGAGCAGAACAACAAGGGCCAGAAACGGCUCGUGUACGAAGGCCGCCGCUACUAUCUCGGCUACACGCUCUCGAACGGAGUCAACGUAUGGCGCUGCGCUUACCGGAAGCCACUGAAGUGUGGGGCACUGCUCCGCGUCACCAAAAAGGGCAAGAUACUGCCGUCCCCUGACAACGACCACAACCAUUCAGUCGACAUGACAUCGGUCGCCGAGAGCAACGGCCGAAGCUCGGCUGCAGCGUCGUCGAAUAGCAGCCGAGCGGUGAGCCAGCAGGAGCUGGAAACCGCAGGCGAAGAGGAAAGCUGUGCAGAGGACGAAAAGAAAGGCAAUACAGACAGUGGCAGCUACCGUUUCGUGCGCACGGCGGACGAUCAAACCGAUGUGCUUAUCUACAAAGAGGAACGCUUCCUGUCGACAGGUAGCCAAAGGGCGUCCGAUCAUGCCACGCUGUGGCGCUGUGCCAGGGCUUCGACGUCAAAUGACGGAACGGGGUGUCGUGCGAUGGUGUACAUGUUACCGUCGGGUAGCCUGAGUGAAGAUACGAUUCGGAAUGCAAGUAGCUGCAGACACAAUCACGAUGUUCAGCCAGCUCCGCCGGCACCACUCUAUCGGGAAAAGAUCGAUCCCGCGGGUACGCGUGAUUUCCAGUUCGAGGGACGCUUCGGUCGGACAAUACGGUGCCAAAAUUUCCGUUAUCAGCGCACCUGGGAACGCAAGGAUGGGCUCGAAUAUUACCGUUGCAUCGGUUUCCAGCCGCACGGUUGCCGUAUGAUGAUGAAGCUAUCCGCAGACAAGAUUCUGACGCAUCACCGUGGAGAAGUUCAUUCGCAUCCACCAUGCGCACCAGGAUCUGCCUCUGUCCCAAACUCGCCGUUGACAGGAUCGGCUGCUCCCUCGAGUCCGGUGGCAACAAAGCGAAAGUCUCUGGCGGCAUCAAAACUGGCAGAUGGUACAACAGCGGUGUACAAGGAUUACGUGAUGUUGAAGAAGCCACGUGGAUCGACACUGCAGCACCAUGGGUACGAGUACUGGACGCACAGCCGGUUGGCUAAUGGUACCGUGAGCUACCGAUGUCGGAUGCAGUUCAAGCUUAAGUGUUUCGCUACGGUUUCGAUCGAUUCGCACACUGGCCUACUGACGAUGCGAAACGAUCUGAGUCACAAUCAUCCGCCGACAGACGAAACGUACGUACCGGCAGAACAGAACGCGGAGGUGGAGGAAGUAGACGAAGUCGAGGAGAUAGAAGAGGAGGAAAAGGUAGUAUCAAUUGACGUGUCCGAUAAGAAUGUGGCGCAGGUGUCGAGCGAGCGAGUGAGCCUUCAUCUUAGGAUGCUCGAAAUUGGUAACCGAAAAGCGAAGGAAAACUCCUCCUCAUCGACGGACGAAGAGCAAAACGAUGACGACGAAGAAGAAGCCAGAGAAGAGCUCGAUAGUAGCAACAGCAAUGGUGCUGUGGUAGCUGCCGGUCGUACCGGUAACUACAUGAAAAAGACCAAAAAGUACAGCUUCAUCAAGGUGUCCCAGUACAAGCGCUGCCUACUGUACGAGGACUAUUUUUAUGAUUUCGACAAGGAACUACCGGAUGGGAGCAAGCGGUACGUGUGCUCCCGAUUCACGGCCACAAACGCAUGCAAGGCGUCGGUGGUGCUGUUAAUGCCAUCCGGUCGACUACUCGUGUCAGCCCUGUCCAUUGAGCACACGCAUAGGCCUCCCGGGAGUGCGUUUAUCUUGCGGAACAUUGGUCGUGGUUCGCGCCACUUCGAGAUUACCGAAUCGAAAUUGGGCCGCAGCCUGCUACUGUACGAAGGCCAACGGUAUCAGACACCGCGCAGCAAACCGGACGGUUCGGUCAUCUGGUCCUGCCAGGAGCUAAUCGGACAGAACAAACGGUGCUACGUCUCGCAGGAAAUACUGCCGAACGGUCGGGCGGCACCACCGAGCGAUCGUGAACAUCAACAUCCCCCCUGGCAGCCGCAACGGUCGCUUGCUCCACGCGCUUCUUCUGUUGAAGCGGCUACGGUACCAUCGAGUCCGACCAAGAUACUGCUGCACGCCGGCUACCGGUACGAGUAUGGGCGUAAGUGUGCUGACAACUCGAUCCUUUGGCUCUGCAGCAGGCGCCCCGAUUGUCAAGCGUCCAUCUACCGGCUGGCGAACGGCGGUAUACUGAAUGGCAUGAAGACGGAGCAUACACAUCGGCCGGAUGUGGUUUCCGGUACCGAGACUUCACAGCAGCAGCAGCAGUCAGCCACUAGCCUUACAGCGGUAGACCGACUGCGGAUUGCUUCGAACGCAACACGUCGGUUUUCUUACCCUACACCAAGGGCAGCAGCGACCAGCACUGGCACCAAAACCCGUAACACUAUCGGUGCGAUGUGCUACAAAGGGUAUCGAUACUGGCAUAAUCGCACACAAGCGGAUGGCAUUCAGUACUGGCGCUGUUGCAAACGUCAGAAACAACGCUGCCUGGUUACGCUACAGGUUCUGCCAGAUGGCAUGAUCGUGGAUGAUCGCAACCAUACGCAUACCCAUCGCAGCGAGGAGCCGGAGUUUCCGUCGGAGCAGGAGCAGCAGCAGUCAAAGGAUCUCGCUCGGAAGAAAAAAGAAGACGAGGAAGAAGAAGAAGAAGAAGUUGUAGCCCCACAGACAACGCGGUUCGGUGGAUAUCGGUUGUAUCGGAGCAACUUGCGGAGCGACGGAUCAGCUAUAUACCAGUGUCGGCGAGAUGCGAACUGUCCGUAUCAGGUGCUACGGUUGGCGAACGGAGAAAUGGUAGCCCGUACGGAUGCCAGCCAUAACUGUGACGCAACACAGACCAGUGAUAAUGAUGGUAACCAACAUGCUUCUGCAGUGGACAAAACGAGUAACAGCAGAAGCGGUCCGGAGAGUGGCCACCCCAAACAAAGUGGUGACGAUCGUGCAGACUCAUCAAUGCUAGGUCCUUCCGUGAAAAGGAUACGGCUGGUGGCGAACUUCGAGCAGCAGCCGUUGAACGAAGACAGCAUUGAUAAACUAGGAGAGAUGUCAGACAACGAUGACAACGAAGCUGAACUGGUGCAGCUAUCAUCUAAUAACAAUCAUGACGAUGCAAAGGUCGUCAUCGCGGCCGAGCAAGACGACGAUGAUGAUUCGCACUUCUCGAUCCCGGCUGAUGACCCUCACUACGCAUUGGAAGCGAUCGAGCAGGAUCAAAUGAAUGACGAGGCUGCCGUUGCUGUGUCUUCAGCAAACGAACAUGAAAACAGCAUCGAAGUCGAUGCGAACGAAAAUACCGAAGUAGAACCAGACUGGAACAGGCAGGACCACAAUGACAAAGAAGAGAAUGUGCUGGAUCCGGGUAAACUUGUAGAGGACACUUUAAUGUAAUUUUUGGGAGGAUCUGACGAAUUGUGUGGGCGUGUUAUCUUACUGAUAAUGCUUGAUCAAGUCCGCGCGGCCUACCGAGACAGCCGCAUAUAUGCCAUGAAGACGUUUGUGUGGAUUGUGGGGAAUAUUUUUUAAUAAAAUGUACAGCUGUUUAAAUGAA